ACUCGCAAGUGCUAAGUCAUCAUCUCAGAAAACUAUCAUCAACAGUUUCGAUGCCUAAAACCGAUCUCAGUUGAGGAAUUUAAGAAUCAACAAUUUCUUUAAAUCGGUUCGCUAAUAGCAUAUCUAAAGGAAGGGUAGUUCAAUGGGUUAUUGUAACCCUAUAUAAAAACCCAUCGUCAAAAUUCAAAGCCCUACCCUCUUCCCCAUCGUCUAAACCGCCAAAGUCUCAAAAAUCUUAAUUAAACAAUGAAUUCAUACAAAGCCAGCAACAGUGACUCCAUUUUUCUUCAAUCCCUGAACCCGCUACACCUUCACACAAACCUCUCUCAAACUCCCAACAAACCCCACGCUCAGGAAAACCCCAACAAUCACAGGGCACAAAUACUCAAAGAAGAAACAAAGAUCGAGAGGGAGAUUAUCAAGGCAGUCACGGCUGGGAAGCUUGACUCCCUCAGGCCCAACUCGGGGCAGUCCGUACCCAUUGGCGAGCACUACGUGUGCGUUUCGUUUCACGAGGAGCCUGACUCGGAUUGCAGAGUUUGGGAGUGGCACGGGCACGUGGUGUUUUACGACGAAGAGAAUGGGUUUGCGCAGGAGUACGUGUACGGGAAUUACUUUGAGAGGACAAUGAGGAAGGUGUUUGGGGACGAGAGCGAUGACGAAAGCGAGGAAAGGAGUUUGGGGUUGGGAGACUUGGUUGCCGGCAUGAGUUUGACGGAUUGCCCGCCUCUAUUUUCUAGGAAAAUGGGUGCCAAUUAUCGCAGGUAAUAUGAGCUUCUACAUUGGCAUAAGAACCCUGAAGAUCUAAAGAACAGGCAUUUCUUUUUAUGUCGUUGCCAUUCCAGUCUUUAGAAAUAGAUGUAGGUUAUUUUUUUCUAAUAUCCUUUCUGCUGGGGAUCGAUCGGAGUUAGAAAUGUGCCAAUUACCAAUAUAGUACUAUAAGUUCUAAUUUAGAUGCUCUACUUGUCCAAACAGCCAAAUGAUACUAUACAGGCUAUUUUAUUGCUAAUUUCUACCAUUCAUUUAAACCAUCAUACCAUAUGGCAUCUUCAGUUUUCUUCCACCUUCAUGGCGGUCACUGUAUGCAAUUCCAUGCUUGUAGCUUUCUGAAUGCAUGAAGAGAAACUCUUUGUUAACUCGA